CUGAAAAGACUCUGCUCUGGAGUUGCAGGUGGAGAACAGAGGCCAUUUAAUUUAAUCCAUUCACUUUAAGUGGCUUUUUAAGUCUCUCUGCACUCCUUAGAGGGGAAACCUGUCCAACUCUUCAGAGUCUUUUGGAAUGCUUGGGCACUUUUGCCGUUGCAGAUAUUGUGACCCCUGGUUUCUAUCACCACCAGUAAAGAAGAAAAUGAAGUUUGAGAACAUUCUGGCUGAGACAGAUGGGUUUGGACGCUACCAGAUUGCCAUAGUCGCUCUGCUGGUGUUUCCCCGCAUCACCCUCCCGGGUCACUUCCUGAUGCAUAACUUUAUUGCCGCCAUCCCGUCCCACCACUGUGACAUCAGCUCUUUGGACGGCGAUGGUGUUUUUGAGAAUCUGACUCGGCAGCAGAGACUGACUGUCAGUAUUCCACAACAUGAAGAUGGAACCUUUGAUUCCUGUCACAUGUUCUCAGAACCUCAGUUCCACCUGCUAGAGAACUCGUCUAACACCACAGAACUUCCUGUGGUCCAGUGCCAGAAUGGAUGGCAGUAUGAUCACAGCACUUUUAAAUCAACUUUGGCAACCCAGUUUGAUCUGGUUUGUGAUACAAAGGGACUAAACAAAGCCUCGGCCACCAUAUUCUUCAUUGGUGUCAUGUUUGGAGCCGUAUUCUUUGGCAUCCUUACUGACAAGUAUGGCCGCAAGAACAUGCUGCUGGUCUCCUAUGUCUCAUCGAUAGUCUUCAGUGUGGCCAGUGCCUUCUCUACUAGCUUUGUGAUGUUUGCACCAUUUCGCUUUAUGACUGGAUUCAGCCUGGCUGGAAUCAGCAUAAUAUCCAUCGUCCUCAGUAUUGAAUGGGUGGACAUUGAGCACCGCACGUUUAUUGGUGUGAUGGGUAGUAUGUUCUGGUCAGUAGGCAACAUGCUGCUGGCUGGCAUUGCUUACCUGGUCACUGACUGGAGAAUGCUGAUCAUUACAGUCACCACUCCGCUUUUGCUCGCUACUGCCAUCUGGUGGUGGAUCCCUGAGUCUGCACGGUGGCUGAUAGUGAGUGGACAGACAGACAGAGCGUAUUCAUCCCUGAAGAAGUGUGCCAGCAUUAAUGGCAGAAGAGAUUUCACAUCCAAAAUCAAACUAGAGACUCUCUCCACUGUUGCGGAAACAGAUACGCAGGGUCGCAUUUACACCUACCUAGAUCUUGUCAAAACCCCACGCUUAAGGAGACUGACCCUCUUGACUGGCUUUGUGUGGUACGGUGUGGCCUCCACAUACUAUGGCAUCAGUUUAAACAUCACAGGCUUCGGCCUGAACCUCUACCUGACCAAUUUAAUCUACGCCGCCAUAGAGGUCCCUGCGAAGAUCUCAGUCUAUAUCAGCCUGAAGAAGAUUGGACGAAGGCCCACCCAAGUGGGCACACUUCUACUUACUGGAAUCUGCAUCAUCAUCAACAUCGUCGUGCCUAAAGAUUACUGGACGUCCCGCACUGUUGUAGCAGUGCUGGGUAAAGGACUGUCCGAAGCUUCCUUCACCACAAUAUUCCUCUACACCACAGAGCUCUACCCUACAGUCUUACGACAGAACGGAAUAGGCUACAACAGCUUUUUGGCUCGACUGGGUGCCUCCAUCUCACCUCUUAUUAUGUUAUUGGAGGACGUGUGGCUCCUCCUUCCUCAGAUGAUCUUUGGUAUGAUGGCUAUUAUCUCUGGCCUGGUGGCCUGUCUUCUUCAGGAAACUAACAACACUCGACUGCCUGAGACCAUAGAGGACAUCGAGCAGACAAGAAAGAGAUCCCUCUGCAUCACCUCACAGGAGCAGAGUGAAAUCCCACUGAAAACAGCAGUGCCUGCAGACAAAGCGCCAUAAUUUCAUUUUUCUAAUGACAACCUUAUUAAAAACUGGCAUUACUAACUCAUGCUCUUCUUCAAUUACUUUAUAAGGUGACAAUAUACAGAACCAAUGAAAAAUGUUUCUGCAGUCAAUUAUAUAUGAAAAAUAAUUUGCACUAGUUCAGUGAAGACUGAUUGUUGGUGCAAUAUGAGGUGCCAUACAAUAAGAACAUAUUUUAUAUAAUUUACAGUUCAUCUGUGGUUUUCUUGCAGUACACCAGAGUGUAAUAUGAACCAGGUUGUUUAGCAACCGAAAUGAUGACAUGCAGAAUAACAUUGUUUAAGAAAUGAACGCAAAAAACUGGACAAACUACAACAUUUUUCUUCAGUUUAUCUCAUCUACAAGUUCAAAUAAGCCAAAGGACGAAAAAUGACGUGUAUGUGAUAACUCUUAAUAGAGAUUUUAAAUGGGAUAAUUUGGUGAAACCAGCUCCUGAAACGCCUCCAUAAAAUAUGCUGAUGAGGUGGAUCAGGUGUGUUGGGGCAGAUCCUGUGGAGGGGGGCUUGACCACUGAUGAACAGGGUAAAGGAGGGAUAACUAAUGCAGAGAAAUCUGUAAUUGUAGAACUAUAAAGUGCACCUAUAUGAUAAGUGGGAGUGAUACAUAGUUUACUAAGUUAUAACACCCUUUGGCAGAUACUUGCAGAAGCUUUUUUACCCAGCCAGGAGUCUUUUUAUUCUUGUUUUAGACAUUUUCAUCCACUUUUUCUUGACUGAUUGUGUCACAUUUGCUUCAAGAAUUUGCUGAUAUUUAGUGGAAUCCAUUCUUCCAUUUACUCGUGCAGUGUUUCCUGAGCCCUGGCUACCACACA